AUGGCAGCAGUCCUGAUUCUCCUGACUUUUCUUCUGCUGCUUGGAACUGAUCUGGAGAGGAGGGCAAGGAGGACUAAUGCUGUGAGGACCCUCAGGCUGCCCAGGAGUAAUGUCCAUGUGAAGCCAGGGGAUGUGUGCUACGUGAAUGGUUGGGGACAGUUGAAUCCGAAUGGUAAACUCUCAGAUACGUUGCAAGAGGUAGAGCUGACAGUCCAGAAGGAUCAAGAGUGUGAAUUCCACUUUUCUCGUCAUUACAACAAAGCUACUGCGAUCUGUGUGGGGGACCCAAAGAUCAAGCAAGGUUCCUUUAAGGGGGAUUCUGGAAGGCCUCUCGUGUGUAAAAACAGAGCUGCAGGCAUUGUGUCCUUGGUCUGUACUAAUGGUUCAGCACCAGGAACCUUCACCAGAGUGUCAAGUGUCCUAUCCUGGAUAAAGAUAAUGAUAAAACAUAGCUAA